CCGUACAUUGUCCGUCAUUGGAAUUUGUUUUUAAUUUUAUACAUUUCGCGUAUGAUAAGAGAAUGCAGCGUGGAGAUAGAUCGCAUUCACGUGGAGGAAAGGGAGGCAGUCGCCCACCAGGACUCAGUGGCAGGGAGAUUGGCAUGUACUAUAAGAAUCUCGCGCGCCAACGCAAAAAAGACGCCAAAGAUGAGGGACCCAAAAUUCGCUUGGGUUGCAAUGUUAGUGUUCCACCCGCCAUUCUGCAGCGUGUUGAGGAAUGCAUGCAAGACUUUGAAACAGACAGAGAAACUGACGAGAAUUUGGAUGCAAACUUUAAACGACAGUUUCACAAUUUGUUAAGCGUCAAUUUCGAGGCAUUUAUCAACGAUACAAGGAAACAGUACGAAGGUGUGGACUUAAGAAAUCGCAACUUGGAUGAGCAUGUUCUAAAGCAGCAACAAGAACGCUUACAAUGUCCAGAUUUUCAAGCGCGCUACGAAACUCGUUUAAAAUUACCCACAAUGGCACAGGCAGCAGAUAUUAUCGAGGCUAUAGAUAAACAUCAAGUUGUAUUGAUUGUGGGCAGCACUGGCUGCGGAAAAACAACUCAGGUUCCUCAGAUCUUGCUGGAUGAUUGUAUAGCCAAGGGCAUCGGAUCCAGUUGUCACAUUGUCUGCACACAGCCACGUCGCAUCUCGGCAAUCACUGUGGCCGAGCGAGUUAGCUAUGAGCGUGCCGAGAAGCUGGGUCAAUCCGUUGGCUAUCAGAUUCGCCUGGAGAGCUGCAAGCCACGGGAUCGUGCUUCCAUUAUGUACUGCACUACCGGUGUGCUGCUGCAGCAGCUGCAGUCGGAUCCGUUGCUGCACAACGUCAGUAUGCUGCUCUUGGAUGAGAUUCACGAGCGCAGCGUGGAGACGGAUCUGCUGAUGGCGCUGCUCAAAGUCAUUCUACCUCAACGACCUGCAUUAAAGGUCAUUUUAAUGAGUGCGACGGUGCGGGAGCAGGAUUUCUGUGAUUACUUUGAGAACUGUCCAAUGUUUCGCAUUGAAGGUGUCAUGUAUCCCGUCCAAAUGCUCUACUUGGAAGACGUGCUCUCUCUGACUGGUUAUCAGUUUGCUAGUCGACGUGACAAGCGUGGACGUUCCCAACGGGAGCAACCGGAGUAUAAGGCAAUGAUUGAGCCUUUUAUUAGACGCAACCGUGGCAGCUACGAUGAUAGAGUUCUGGAUCAACUGCGAUUGCCCGAAUCUGAAGGUUGCGAGGACAUAGACUUUAUUGUGGAUCUCAUAUACUAUAUAUGCAGUAGCAAACCAGAUGGUGCUAUAUUGGUUUUUAUGCCGGGCUUCGAUAAGAUCUCCAAAUUACACAAUGCACUGGGAAGUCCGCGUACGCCGAAAGGUCAACGCUGGCGAGAUCAAUUAACUAUCUAUCCACUGCAUUCAAUGCUGCCCUCGGUGGAGCAACAGGCGGUGUUCCGACGUGCUCCAAAAGGCAAGCGAAAAGUCAUCAUAUCCACGAUUAUUGCCGAGACUUCGGUGACAAUUGACGAUGUUGUGUAUGUCAUCAACACAGGACGUACGAAAAUCACCAACUAUGAUACUGAGACGAACAUUCAAACGCUGGAGGAGUGUUGGGUUACCCAAGCGAACACACAGCAGCGCAAGGGACGCGCAGGGAGAGUGCAGCCAGGCAUUUGUUAUAAUCUCUUCAGUCGAGCACGUGAGAAUCUUAUGGCUGAGAUCCCCACACCGGAGAUAUUGCGCUCCAAACUAGAAUCAAUUAUAUUAAGUCUUAAGCUGCUGCACAUUGAUGAUCCUUAUGCUUUCCUGCAAACACUGAUUAAUACACCUGCCCUGGAAGCUGUCAACAAUGGCGUGGCGCUGCUCAAGCGAAUUGAGGCACUGGAUGAGAAGGGACAACUUACGCCAUUGGGAAUGCAUCUGGCCAAGAUGCCCAUUGAUCCCCAGAUGGGCAAAAUGAUACUGAUGUCUGCCUUGUUCCGUUGCCUGGAUCCCAUCACCUCAGCAGCUGCUGCACUUUCCUACAAGAUGCCCUUCUAUACGCCCAUGGGUCAGGAGCGUCGUGUCGACGAGGCGAAGCGUAAAUUGUCUCGAAACAUGCGCAGUGAUCAUCUGCUCGCACAUAAUGCCAUAAGUGCUUAUCGCGACAGUCGGGAGGAUCAUCGAGAUCGCGACUUUUGCUACAACAACUUCCUCAGCCUCAUGACUCUUCAGCAGCUGGAGCGAAUGAAGCAACAGUUUGCUGAUCUCCUGAAUAACUACAGAUUCCUUAGUUCAUCCAACUGCCAGCAUGCGUCUUCCAACAUUAACUCGGAUAAGAUUUCUUUGCUACGUGCUAUUAUUGGCGGCGGUCUCUAUCCAAACAUGGCACACUUGUGCAAAUCAAGGCAAAUUAAGAAUCAAGUGCGCGCCAUUCAUCACAUGUCCACGGACGAUGGUCGUCGCGUCAAUUUUCAUCCUUCAUCGGUGAAUAGCGGUGAAAGUGGUUUUGAUUCCAGCUACUUUGUUUACUUUCAACGGCAGAAAUCAACAGCUCUUUAUCUGCUGGAUGCAACCAUGGUGUUUCCAAUGGCCCUCAUCAUUUUUGGCGAUGGCGUUGAGGCUGGCUUUAUCGAUAAUACACCCUAUAUAUCUGUAGCUAAGGCAUAUUAUUUCAAGUGCAAUCCGGAAACAGCUGCUGUUGUGCUGAAUUUGCGAGCAUGCUUGAAACGCUUGCUGCUCAAGAAGGCCAUGUAUCCAGCGCCGAUUGAGGAGAACAGUGAUGAUAAUAGGCUUAUCAAAGCAAUAGAACUGCUGCUCUCAUUGGAUGAAAAAAUGGGCGAUGACGAUGAUGUGAUGUUGUCGGAUGAGAUUGAUGACAUUUAGACCUUUAAUAUAUAGAUUUAUUUUGGAAUUGAUCAAA